AAACGUGAUUUUACAUUUAAAUAAAUAUUAUAUGUACCGUCUGAUCCACGACCGACUGACCUACAUUUUUCAUCUUUCUCGUUUAUCAAGUGCAAUUUGAGCUUAUCACUUAUCCGUUUCCUUCUAGAGGUAGAUAUAUAUAUAAAAGGAUUGUACUCUUAUUUGCGCUUUUUAAAAGUGUUACUUAGCCCGCGCACUUCGUCGAAGACACGAAUGUAAAACUUUUUAUUCCGUUACGUGGACACAAAGUUGUAUCGCGCUGGUACUAUGGUGCCGUUGCAGAUAUUUGGAUGUUCACUCAUAUUAAUUAUCGUUGCAAGCGUUAUAAAUCGAGGAUAUGGAUAUUCGGAGGAUAUGAACACGCAAGAUGCAAAUGAGGAGGACAUCCUGAACGAUGCACCAGAUUCGGUGGUUGGUGAUUUCUACAAUGUCAAAAGCAGCAAAGGAGGAAGACGUAUAUUCGUAGGGGGUUGUACUCGUAGACCAACCGCGCCCGUAAAUGGCAAAAUAAAAUGUUCUCUAGACAGUGGCUGUAUUGCAAGUUGUGCGCCGGAUUACAAAUUUCCGAACGGUGCGCUUCAUCUAACGAUUACUUGCGUUGAUAAGGAAUGGCACAUCGGAGAAACCGAGUGGAACUCUGUACCACAUUGUGAACCAAUCUGUAUGCCGGAAUGUCAAAAUAAUGGAAUAUGCAUCGCGCCGCAUCAUUGCGACUGUCUUAAACAUUUUACCGGUCCGCAGUGCCAGUUUGAAGAUAGACCAUGUCUGAAUUAUUCUCCGCCCGUGCUGAAUGCUUAUAAAAGAUGUAAUUCGAAAACGUGCACUAUAUCCUGUAUGGAGCAUUUUACUUUCCCCGAUGGUUCAUCCGUCGCUAAUCUAAUCUGCAAGAAUGGGAGUUGGAUGCCAACCAGAAGUGACUGGGUCUCAAUUCCAGAUUGCGAACCUGUGUGCGAUCCACCUUGUCAAAAUGGUGGCAAUUGUCUUCCAAUGAAUGUAUGUCAAUGUCCGCAGGAUUAUCGGGGACCUCAGUGUCAAUACUCUGCCGAUGUUUGCGAUGCUGAGAAACUCCGCUUCAAUGGUGGAUAUCAUUGCCGAGAUUCCGGUGAUACGUAUUCUUGCACGCUGUACUGUCCGUCGGGAGUUGAAUUCGAAUUUCCAGCUUCUUCGGUUUAUGUUUGUACCUACGACAAAGGAAUCUUCGAACCGCAGCCCGUACCGCAAUGCAAAGUCGAGAAUAACGUUAAGAUCAUCUCACAUGGUACCUUCUACAAUACUUACCUACGGGAAUCGAAUCACUCCUGGUCAAUGGAAAAUGUCUACGACACCAAAACGCAGCAUACUCAAAAGGUGCACGGUGAAAGUUACAGGAUCCACGGUAGCAACGUGUCCUCACAUCCAAUUCGAUAUAAUAGUCACGACAAUCAAAUAAUGGUAUUUGAGAUAAGUCAGCCGAGAUCAAAGACAUGCUAUAGUUGGGGAGGCGCACAUUAUAAGACCUUUGACGACAAAAUCUACAGUUUCGAUAGCGACUGUUCGCACACGCUUCUCCGGGAUACACAAGACGGCGUUUGUACGAUCGUGGCGUCGAAUGGCCCGGGCUGCAAAAUCGGAUCGGAUCGUCAUUGCUCCAAAAUCGUGAAGCUGUUCGUACACGAUAAGAAAUACAUACUCACCAGCGACGACACAGGCAUGCCGAUAUUUAGCAACGGGAAACGAUCGUUGCCGAUACCAAUAUACUUGCCUGGAUUGCGCGUGGACAAGUCCGCACAUUUCAUCCUCAUCUCCCUCGAUUCGCUGGGCGUGAAACUGAAAUGGGAUGGCGCCUUGCUACUACAAAUAGAAGCUUCCGAGAGUAUGUGGAAUAAAACGGCUGGUCUGUGUGGCACUAUGAACGACGAUCCAAACGACGAAUUCUUAACGAAGAUCGGAAGUUACGCUGAAACUAUAUCAGCGUUGGCAAGUUCUUGGCGGGUUGAAAGUUUUGAAGAACCAUGCGAUGAUUAUCCAAGUGUACAACAUGCGUGCAAAUUGAAAGACGAGUUUGCCAGCGACGCCUUUCAGUUCUGCGUCAAGUUGCUCUCCAACCACAAAUUCAAGACUUGUGCCGAAACGAUUAAUCUUUCUGAACUGACCGAUUCAUGCUUGUGGGAUUAUUGCGCAUGCAAACACGACGACAGAAGAAAAUGCGCUUGCGAUACUAUGAACGUUUAUGUGCGUCAGUGCGCUCAAAAAGGAAUCACACGAUUAACUGGAUGGAGGACCGAUGAUACUUGUCCGAUUAUCUGCGACGGUGGACGAGUGUAUAUGUCAUGUGGACCAAAGAUAGAAGCGUCUUGUUCGUCUGGUAUCGAAGCAAUGAGCGAGAGUUCUGAGUGUGAGGAAGGUUGUUUCUGUCCAGCGGACACCUUGGAACAUCAAGGCAAAUGUAUCUCCCUGGAGGAGUGCCCGUGUAAAUUAAGGGGUAAAUUUUUUGAACCAGGCACAAGCGUGCCAAAGGGUUGCAACACUUGCACGUGCACUUCCGGCAAAUGGGUGUGCACGCAAGUACAAUGCGGCGCUAGAUGUGCCGUCUUGGGUGACCCGCAUUAUAUCACAUUUGACGGCAAGCAUUACGAUUUCAUGGGAAAGUGCAAAUAUUAUUUGAUAAAGGGAGAAAAUUAUACGAUUGAAAGCGAAAAUAUCCCAUGUUCCGGAGCGAUAUCCGAGAGCAUGGGCUUUGCCUCUGCAGAUUCCCCGUCGUGUAUCAAGACUAUUACAAUCAUUUUCAAAAAUACCUCUAUAAAGUUGAAGCAGAAUCACCAGAUUACAAUAAAUGGUAACGAGAUAACAAAAUUCCCAAUGUUGUUUGAUGGCGUCCGAAUACGAAUUGCGAGUAGCAUAUUCAUGGUGAUUCACCUGCCAAAUGCUUUGGAAGUGUGGUGGGACGGAGUAUCACGCGUUUACAUUAAUGCUCCUGCUGAAUUCCAUGAUCAAACGAAAGGACUUUGUGGGACGUUUAACGACAAUCAAAAGGAUGAUUUUAUAACGCCUGACGGUGAUAUUGAACCCGUGGCAGUCGCCUUCGCCAAUAAAUGGAAGACAAGUGAUGAAUACUGUGUUGACGAGUCUGAGAAUGAACCGAAAAAUCCCUGCGAGUUAAAUCCUCAAAGACGAGCGACCGCGGAAGAACACUGCUCCAAGAUACAUAGCGAUAUUUUCUCGGAUUGUCAUUGGCAUGUCGAUCCAACGGAAUUUUAUCAAGACUGCAUGUAUGAUAUGUGCGCAUGCGACACUGAUAUAAAAUCGUGUCUCUGUCCCAUGUUAGCAGCAUAUGCGAAAGAUUGCGCUGCGUUGGGCGUGAAACUUUCGUGGCGUACUGAGAUCGGCGAGUGUAAAAUUCAUUGCACUGGCGGACAGACAUAUCAAAUUUGUGGAAACAGUUGCAUGAGAUCGUGUUCGGACAUCUCCUUUUAUCGGGAUUGCAAACAAGAAUGCGUGGAAGGUUGCAAUUGUCCAGAAGGUCAGACGUUAGAUGUGAAUGGAGAGUGCAUCCCAGUCGCUCAGUGUCCUUGCAUAUACGCAGGUCGCGAAUAUAAGCCUAAUCAUCGAGAAGUCCGUCCGGGCAACAAGGGACAAGAAUUUUGCUCUUGCGUAGGCGGCGUAUGGGAGUGUCGAUUAGCAACACCAGAUGAAAUUCGGGAAUAUCCAUCGGUCACUGAACUACUAUCCGUUUGCCAGGCUAUCAAGCAUCUAGAGGUGACGGAUUGCGAGCCCGUGGAGCACAGAACUUGCAGCAACAUGCACAUACAGAACGAACAAACGCCGUCGGUUUGCACGUCUGGUUGCGUUUGCAAAUCCGGAUACGUUUUGGACACGCCGAAUGGUGUUUGCAUCAAAGAGGAAGAUUGCCCCUGUCAUCAUGGCGGAAAGAGUUACAAGCAAGGCUCAGUUAUACAAGCCGAAUGUAAUUCUUGUACGUGCGAGGGCACCAAGUGGAAGUGCACAGACAGAACUUGCGCAGGAGUCUGUUCUGUAUGGGGCGAUUCGCAUUAUAAAACAUUCGAUGGCAAAAUGUAUGAUUUCCAAGGUGUAUGCGACUACGUUUUGGUGAAGAGUGCGUUGAAUAAAGAAGAUUGUUUUGAUGUCUCGAUUCAGAACGUACCUUGCGGUACAAAUGGAGUUGCAUGCUCGAAAUCGAUCAAGCUUACGAUUGGCAGUGGUGAACAACAGGAGGAGGUCAUUUUGACAAAAGGAAAGAAACUACCUAGGGGACCUUUUAAGAGACUAUCGAUGAGACUCACUGAUCUCUUUGUAUUUGUUGACGUGCCAGAUUUAGGAUUGGUAUUACAAUGGGACAAAGGUACUAGAGUUUACAUCAGAUUAAAUCCGGAAUGGAAGGGUCGUACAAUGGGCUUAUGUGGCGAUUACAAUAACAACGCUGAGGAUGAUUUUAAGACACCAUCCGGUGGGAUAUCCGAGGCUUCCGUCAAUCUGUUCGGAGACUCGUGGAAAAAGGAUACGUUCUGUCCUGAACCGAAGGACGUGGAAGCUGACGCCUGUGAGCAACAUCCAGAACGUAAGCUGUGGUCGCUACGACAGUGUAACAUACUGAAGUCACCAUUGUUCUCACCGUGUCAUUCAGAAGUGGAGGUCGAGCCGUAUCUGCGUAAUUGCAUCUUCGAUGCGUGCAGUUGCGAUGCCGGCGGUGACUGCGAAUGCCUAUGCACUGCACUGGCCGCGUACGCGCACGAAUGCAAUGUGCGAGGUGUCCCUGUGAAAUGGCGAACGCGAGAACUCUGCCCGCUACAAUGCGACGAAAAAUGCAGUACGUAUUCACCUUGCGUUUCGACCUGUCCGCGCGAGACAUGCGACAAUUCUAUGACCGUAAGAGACAGCUCGCAUCUGUGCACGGAGGAUACGUGCGUUGAGGGCUGCCAAUUCCAAUCUUGUUCUGAAGGCCAAGUGUAUCGAAACGCCAGUUAUACGGAAUGUAUACCCAAAUCGAUGUGCGCAAAACCUUCCUGCAUCGAACUCGACGGAGUGAUAUACUAUGAGGGCGAUCGAAUUAGCGGCGAUGAUUGUCACAGUUGCUUCUGCAGUCGCGGUAAAGUGAUCUGCAAAGGAGAAGCUUGUACCAAUAUCACCACUAUCGAUGCUACUACUGCCUUACCCUUGGCGGAACCCCAGAAAUGCGUAGACGGUUGGACCACGUGGAUUAAUAAGGAUCCUGCCAUAAAAGGAAAGAAAUUCUUGGAUGUGGAACCGUUGCCCAAUUCAAUGGAUCUUGCUAAUGCAAACGGACUCGCAGUUUGCGAGAAAGAGCACAUAGUUGAUAUAAGAUGCAGAUCUGUUGAAGGACACUUGAACCCGAAGGAGACUGGCCUGGACGUGGAGUGCAGCUUGGAGCGUGGCUUGUACUGCCAAUCUCAUUUAGAUCUUCCUUGCGUGGACUUUGAAAUUAGCGUGUUAUGUCGCUGUUCUGAAUCGAUUACACACAAUAUCGAAAACGUGACAACAGAGAUCAGCACCGAGACGGGGAAGAAUGAUCUGGAAUGCGACGUCGCGCAACCAAACUUGCCGCAUCCAACGAAUUGUCAACUAUUUUAUCAAUGCGUCCCUACCUUGACGGGAUACGAACUGAUAGAAAGAUCGUGCGGUCCUGGCACUCUUUACAAUUCAGAGACUCUCGUCUGCGAUUGGCCAACGGAAGUUCUACGCAUACGACCAGAGUGCUCAGUCGCUUCUGGGCAAACCACACAAGCCAGUGGUAGAACCGAGUGGAGCAGCACUGCUGGCGGUCACUACGAGAAUACGCUGUCGACCACGGUGAAAAAGAUAGUAUCGACCACGAACGUGUGCAAAGACGGCGAAACGUGGAGUAAAUGCGCGAUUCAGUGCGACAGCGUGUGUCAUUAUUAUCGUCACAUUCUGAUGACGCAAGGUCUUUGUAGCAAAGGUACUGAUUGCAUUUCCAAAUGUAUUUCAAUUGACCGACCUACAUGUCCCUCGCACAAGUUUUGGAGAGACGAUAUCACCUGCGUGGAGGCAAAUCAUUGCUCCUGCAGAUCCCAUGAUGGAGGCUCGGUUGCGCCUGGUGCCAUCAGAAAAGAAUCCGACUGUGAGACUUGCCAAUGUAUCAAUAAUUAUUACACAUGUGAUACAACUUUCUGCUAUAAUAUUUCAAAUCAUGAGAUGACGGUAGGGACAGGAAGGGGACCGGAAACAACCACUCAACUACCACUCAGUACAACCUCGGGAAACGCUUGGAGGACAUCACCAGUUACUAUCAAGGACCAAACGAUCCUUUUACAUAGCACGGUCACUCCGCCCGGGGAAUGCGAUGACGCCAACUUCGUACCAUUAAUACAAAAUCUGCGAAAGGACAUUAUUGUCCAUACUAGCAGCAAUAGGAAUUCCAUUUUACGAUCCGAAGAUCUAUUAAUAUAUACGGAAGGAACAAUGCUGCUACCCAAAAAAUUCUGGGAACCUGAGAUGAUGAAUGCAGAUCAAUGGCUUGACGUCGAGUUUAAGAAACCUGAACCGAUUUAUGGAUUGAUCUUGCAAGGCGGCGUUUCUGAAGAUAAAUUCGUAACCAGUUAUAAUGUGCUUUUUUCGGAGGACGGCCAGACUUUCUCAUACAUACUCGACUAUGAAAAACAGCCACGCGUGUUCAGAGGGCCUAUCGAUAAAGUUCAGUUCGUGAAACAAAUAUUCUAUCAACCGAUUGAGGCGAGGAUCAUUCGUAUCAAUCCGCUGACAUGGCACAAUGGAAUUGCGAUUAGGAUAGAAGUGUUGGGUUGUCAGGAUCACGCAAUCUCAAUGACAACUAUUAGGACAACAACUGAAAAGAUUGUCAGACCUUUAUGUGAGGAUUCGAUGGGAUUGGACAACGGGCUGAUGACCAUGGAACAAAUUUCGGUGUCGAGUUCGUCGCAGUUGAUUCAGUAUCUUCGAUUAUCCGCAAAGAGUGCAUGGCGUGCCGCUUUGGACAAUCCUCAUCAAUAUGUUCAGUUCAACUUCAUAGAGGCUCGAAAUCUGACCGGAAUCACGACCAUGGGUGGUGACGGUGCUUGGACGACCGCUUACAAAAUAUUUUACAGCAAUGACGAACGUCAGUGGAAUCCCGUUAUUGAUGAGAACGGCGACGAGAAAGUGUUUCUUGGCAAUUUCGAUGCGGAAAGUUUGCAGACGAAUUUCUUUGAGAGACCGUUGCACGCAAAAUUCUUGAGGAUACAACCUGUCAAGUGGCACGAUCAUAUUUCGUUGAAGGUCGAAGUUCUGGGUUGCUAUCUAAUGUAUCCUACGCCAUGGUUGAUGACAUCGACAAUUAAAUCGACAACGACAUUAUUCAAUCAAGAAUGCAAUGUGUGUGACGGGAUCGAUCAAACGUUAAACGAUAAAGGCUGCAAAUGCGAGGAUCCUUACUGGUGGGACGGCGAAUUGUGCGUACCGAAGCAGGAGUGUCCCUGCGUGGUCGGACACGUUCCUUAUGCGGUGGGCAGCAUGUACGAGACGGACGAUUGCCAGCAAUGCGUAUGCACCUUCGGCGGAACAGCUACAUGUUUGCCAAAAAAAUGCGACCCUUGCUUGAAACCGGGUCUACGAUCUGUUGUCGGUGAACUAUGUGCCUGUCUCUGCAAGCCUUGUCCACCGGGCACCAGACUCUGUCCCACGAGCAGCGUGUGCGUAAAUGAGGCCGCAUGGUGCAAUGGUGUUCAGGAUUGUCCAGAUGAUGAAAUAGAUUGUCCAAACAUAAUUUCUACGACACCUAUCGCGACUGAAUCUCCGGGAACAAUCAAGCAGGAAGUUACGACUAUCAACCCCAUUCAAGUUAAUCCAUUACCAUGCGAGGAGCCGAUUUGUCCGCCCGGUUACAGAGUAGUUUUCAAGCGGACAUCCCGGUUGCGCGAUAAGCCACAUCAUAAUGUUAAGUCGAAUGUGAAAUCUAAAGGGCACAAAGGUUUUACGAAGACAAAGGGACACAAAAAAUAUCCAUUCCAUGAUCAUGAUGAAAAUGAUUUAAUGAAAGAACAGAGUCAACUAACAACGAAGAAUAUUCAAUGUCCUGAAUUCAUUUGUAUGCCCAGUAAACCUGUCUUCCCCAGCGAGACAGAGCCGGAAAAGUGUCCAAAAGCAUUCUGUCCGCCGCAAUACGAGGUGGUGUACGAGAAGAUAAGCAUGUACAAAGUGCGCAAGUGUCCGAAAUACAUUUGCCGACCAUUGUCAUCACAGGAAGCGAUGUGCAACGUCACGGGCAGAACAUUCAACACGUUUGAUAACAUGGAGUACAAGUACGAUAUCUGUAAUCAUAUUCUAACCCGAGACAUGUAUAAUAACGAGUGGUACGUCACGCUGGAGAAGUUAUGCGUCGAUUCACGCGGAAAGAGAUCUUGCACACGGAUCUUGAUGGUGAUGCUGAAUGACCAUGCGAUCGUGCUCUAUCCGGAUCUGCAUGCGAACAUUGAUGAGUAUACCUUCACGGCUGAGCAGAUCGCGCGUCUCGGAAAUCGACUGCCCGGUUUUGAGCUUUCGCGCACAGGCGACAAAAUUAUCUUUGUUUCGCAUCGCUAUGGUUUCUGGAUAAUUUGGGACUCGAGCACCAACGUAAAGAUCGGCAUUACCACUAAAUUGGCGGGUCGCGUAGACGGUCUGUGCGGAUACUUUGACGGUGAUAUCACGAACGAUCGUCAGACACCCGAAGGUACGCAAGCGAGGAGCACCGUUCAGUUCGGGGAUAGUUGGGCGAUGGAAGACACGAAAUGCGAUUUGCAUGUAUGUCCACGUGACAUUCAAGAGCAUGCAUGGACGAUUUGCCGCUCUGUGAAGAGUCCGAUGCUACUGGACACGUGUUCUACAGUCGUCGAUAUCGAUAGGUUUGUGUCUCGUUGCGUGGAGAACAUGUGCUCUUGUCUGCAAACUUCUAACAGUUCUUACGAAGACUGCCGGUGUCGUCUACUAACGAACUUCGUAGGCGAGUGCGAAGCUGCCGUUGGUCCUGGCACUGAUCUAUUAUCAGAUUGGAGAACCGUUUAUGAUUGUCCCGCGAGCUGUCCGUCACCGUUUGUUCAUCGAGAUUGUUACCGCAGCAAGUGCGAGAUCACCUGCGACAAUCUGCAUGAAGUGGAACCAUGUCCGCCAAUGCGGGGCGUUUGUUUCCCCGGUUGCUUCUGCCCGGAUGGCCUGGUACGUCGAAAUGAUGAGUGCGUGCCGCCAGCGCAGUGUCGGGAUUGCGUGUGCGAUGGUCUUGGCGAUGCUAAAUUCAUCGGCUUCAAUCGCAAGGACUUUAAGUUCGCUGGCAAUUGCACUUACCUGCUAUCGGGGAAUGUCGCGGAGAACGUAAAAAGUCCGGACGGAACUCGCACGUAUCAAAUCUUAAUCACCAAUGGUUAUUGUGAUAAGGGCACGUGUACGGAGGUCAUUACACUGCUCUAUGAGAACCAUGUGAUACAGAUCAAACGUGCAGAACGCUCGAAGAAUCUGAGAGUGAUGAUAGACGAUUCCCAAGUGAAGAAGUUUCCGCACAAUCGCACGUGGAUUGUCUUGGAUCAAAUAUCCGUUGGAGAUGUGAUUCUGCUCGUACCGUCCAUCCAAUUGGAACUUGUUGCCUUUCAACAAAACUUUGCGUUUACUUUAAAACUACCUUCGCACAUCUUUAGCGAUGAUACUGAGGGUCUGUGCGGCAAUUGCAACGCUGAUGCUGAAAGUGGUUUUGAGAAACGUGAUGGAGAGAUCACCGAUGAUGCCGAGGAAUUUGGUAAAUCUUGGUUGAUUGAAAAUCUGUCGACGCAAUUGGGUUUGAAUGAUCAGACGUGUUCUAGUAGUCGUCAAUUUCAAUGUACGCCUCCGCCAGCGGAAGAAGAUCUUUGCAAGAAGCUUCUAGAUUUAGCUGCGUUCAAGCAGUGCCAUAGCAUUGUCGAUCCAGAACCAUAUUUAGAUUGUUGUCACGAUGCGUUAUGCACCGGAAGAAAUUAUUGUGACAGCUUAGAGAUGUAUGCCAGAAAGUGUUCGGAAGCUGGUUUGUGUCCGAAUUGGAGAACCGACGAAAUCUGUCCUUACGAGUGUCCUAAAAAUCUUGUCUACCAAGCAUGCGGAUCUAGUUGUAAAGAAACGUGUGACACCAUAAAUGGUGUGAACAAUCCGAAAUGCGCAACUGAUUCUAUCGAAGGAUGCUUUUGUCCAGUGGAUUACGUUUUCCACAAUGAUUCCUGCAUACCGAAGAAGGAUUGUUUCAUCUGUGACAAGGACGGUCACGUACAGGGAGAUAUCUGGCAUCCGGAUAAAUGCACCGAAUGUAAUUGCAAUGAUGGAAUUGUGAAUUGUCAAACGAUGGAAUGUCCUGUGUUGGAUACGAUUUGCGAAGAAAAUAUGACACCUGUACUUAUCAAUGGAACUGAGGAGAGAUGUUGCCCCAAAUAUUUUUGUGCUCCAAAGCCAACAACGCCUACAAUAUGUGUUGAGUCACAGGAACCAGAAUGUGGUUUUGGCCAAACAAUGAAAGUGAUUAUCGAUGCUGAUGGCUGUCACAAAUUUAUAUGUCAAUGCUUGCCUGUAAAUGAAUGUCCCAUUUUCGACAAUUUUACAAACGAAGUUGAGCAACUGCAACCUGGUUUUAUACAAAUAAUGAACACAUCUGGUUGUUGCCCGCGACCAACUAAAAUAUGCGAUCCGAGAACUUGUCCUCCUGUACCAGACUGUCCGGAUUACUACAACGCUAUUACAACAAUGCUUGUAGAUAGUUGCUGUCCCAAUUACGAUUGUGUACCUCCAAAAGACGUUUGUCUUUAUACAAGUAACGAAGACCAAGGCAUAUCACAAGUGGUAACGAAGAAAGUUGGUGAAAAAUGGAAAGAUGGUAAAUGCAAAACGUGCGUAUGCGAGAUUUCAAAUGAUAGUCCUAAAGCAAAUUGUUUAUUCAUGGAAUGUUCAAAUAUGAGCGCACAUCCUGAUGUAGAUGAUUAUGUAUUGGAAGAAAGAAUAUUAGAUGAUAAAUGUUGUCCAAUCUUUGAGCGUAUUGCUUGCAAAUGGAAAGACAAAAUAUACAAUGUUGGCGAAAGUUGGAAGCCCAAUACUGAGAAUGCUUGUCUCACGAUGCACUGUAAUGAAGAUUCAGGUAGUAUUCAGGUAUUAAAUAAAGUCCAAGAAUGUGAUAUCACAUGUGACUAUGGGUAUAAAUAUCAAGCCUCUAAUGAUACCAGUGUUAAUUGCUGUGGUACGUGUAUCCAAACUGCGUGUAUUGCAGAAGGCACACUUAAAAAUGUAGGAGAACAAUGGUAUUCGGAUGAUCAUUGUAUGACGUAUCUUUGUGAAUCUGCAAAUGGAAAUGUGUAUCUACAAGCAAAUACCGAAAUUUGCCCAGAAAUUGACCCGCAAGUGGAAGCCGAGUUCGAGAUAGAAGCACGCAAAAUUCCAGGAAGAUGUUGUCCGGAAAUUGUUAAAACAGCUUGUCGUAGUGACGGAAAAUUAUAUAAACCUGGAGAAACAUGGAAAUCUCUUACGGAUAGCUGCGUCAUCGAGACAUGUAUAGAUGGUACCAAUAUAUCAAAACGCAAAGAGGUUGAAGUGUGUUCACAACAGUGUGCUCAAGGUUGGUCGUAUCAGGAACCAGAACAUGGUAAAUGUUGCGGGGAAUGCAAACAAACAUUUUGCGUGUUUGAAGAUACUCUAUACACACCUGGCAUGACAUGGUCAUCUGAUGAUAAUUGUACUACUUACACGUGCAUGGAAAUUAACGAACAGCUAUCUCUCGCUGUGAGUCCUACUGUUUGCCCAGAUAUAACAGAUUGUCCUAAUGAAUUGAUUUAUCACGAUCAAUGCUGCAAACGAUGUAAUAUUAAUAUAAAAGAUCAGAUCAAGGAAACAUGCAAAACAAUUUUUGUGGAUGCAAACAGUACUGUAGGUAUGUUAGUUGUAAAUCAUCCAUUACACGGGAAAUGUAAAAACUUGGAUGCUAUUGAGGGCAUUAAACAAUGCAGCGGAUUAUGUCAAUCUUCAACAUACUUUAACAAUGAAAACUGGAAUCAAGUAAACAAUUGUCAGUGCUGUCAAGUGGAGGAAUAUAUGGGUAUCAUUGUUAAUUUGAUAUGCGAAGACGGCAAAAAAUUGAAAAAACAAUUGGCAAUACCACGUUCUUGUUCUUGCCAAAAUUGUGUUUCCUUAGAUAUUAAAAACGAAAAUAAGAAGAUGACCAAGGGUUAAUGAAGAAUGUGUGCUGGCUUGGUUGCAUUUAUUUUUUAUUCAUAUAUUUCCGAAUAACAAAAGAUUCCUGUAUUCAAUACGCAAAAAAUAGAAAUAUUUUAGUAAUCUU